CGCUCGUUGUCUGACCAAUCAGAAGCGAGUUUGGAAAGUCUGGUAGCUAGAAAGAAAAUUUAGCGUUGUUGAGGUUUUUUCAGUUGGUGUAGAUGUUGGAGAUCGGACACGAAAUCGGACACGGAAUCUGACCACGCGCUGGAGGAGGGACAUGGGAGCAACCUUGGGGACCUUCAGCCUUCUGCACUGGGCUCAGUGUCUGUGUGGCUCGGCGACAUGUCUUACAUGUCGUUUUUGCUCCAAAUGUAAGAACUCAAUAGUGACUCGAAUCAUUUACGCCUCCAUCCUCUUACUCGACACCAUCAUCGCCUGCAUCAUGCUGUCACCCAGCGUCGAGCGGCAGAUGAAACAGAUCCCUGGAUUUUGUGAAGACGCCACGAACAACGGCACCGCAGGAGCUUUUCAGUGCGACACGUUUGUGGGCUUCAAAGCUGUGUAUCGUCUUUGCUUCGGCAUGAGCUUGAGCUUCGUGGCUUUUUGUCUGCUGACAUUCAACAUAAAGAACAGCAGAGACCCUCGAGCUGCAUUUCACAACGGCUGCUGGUUUUUCAAAAUCACGAUCAUUAUCGCGCUCACAGUCGCUGGCUUUUACAUUCCAGAUGGACAUUUCUCUUACGUUUGGUUUGUAGUAGGUGCACUUGGAGCUUUCUUCUUCAUCCUCAUCCAGCUCAUCCUCCUCAUGGACUUUGUGCACUCGUUGAGCGAGUCGUGGCACGACAAGAAAGAAAACCAGAACGCGAAGCUCUGGGGUUGUGCCCUGAUAAGUGUAACCUUACUGAACUACUCUGUGUCUGUCCUUGGCAUCACGCUCUUGUUCAUAUUUUACGCUCGGCCUGUGGAGUGUUCACUCAGCAAGUUCUUCAUCAGCUUCAACCUCAUCCUCUGCAUCAUCGCUUCAGUCAUCUCUGUUCAGAAGAUAGUUCGUAAACGUCUUCCUGCUUCUGGACUCAUGCAGUCGUCCUUCAUCACUCUGUACACCGUCUACCUCACCUGGUCAGCUGUGACAAACGAACCAGAAAAAUCCUGCAAUCCCAGCCUGCUGAGCAUCUUCCAGCAGGUUCCCGCUCUCAACAGCUCUUCAACAAACCAAACCCAGCUGGCGAGCCCAGAGCAUCCUUACUUCCUAACGGAGGAUGCACAAAGCAUCGUGGGAUUGUUAGUGUUUGUGGUGUGCAUUUUAUACUCGAGCAUUCGCUCGUCCAGCACCAGUCAGGUGAACAAACUCCUGCUGACUCCAUCAAACGCCGUGCUGAUCGACGACCAUUCCACAGGAAGCCUCCACGCCUCCGAGGGGCCGAGACGUCUGGUAGAUAACGAGAGAGACGGCGUCCAGUACAGCUACUCCUUCUUUCACAUGCAGCUCUUCCUCGCGUCGCUCUACAUCAUGAUGACGCUCACAAAAUGGUACAGACCUGAUGCCAACUACAGUGACAUCACACACAAGAGAGGACCAGUGUGGGUGAAAAUCUCGUCCAGUUGGACUUGUGUCUUUCUCUACGUCAUGACUCUGAUCUCUCCCAUCAUCUUCCAGGACAGAGAGUUCUCAUAAACACUGUACCCAUUUCACCCUCGUGUGAUUCUUCAUCCGUCUUCUGUAGCAUGUCCGAUCCACAGGGACGUCCGAUCCACAGGGACGUCCGAUCCACAGGGACGUCCGAUCCACAGGGACGUCCGAUCCACAGGGACGUCCGAUCCACAGGGACGUCUGAUCCACAGGGACGUCUGGACGUCUAGCCCAUGUUCUGCUGAUCAGUGUUUAAGUCACUUUCUAAAUGUUCUUACUUUUUAUUGUUGAGAAGUUGUGAUUUUUUCAGAUUGUUAAAAAAAACAAAACGCAAUGUGGAAACAUUUUUCUCUUGAGAUUUUAUGUAACAUCUAAAAAUAGUCCGAUAUUUUUAAGGACACUUUCUUUUUCUCUUUUUACCUAAAAUUUAAAAAAAGAAAAAAAAUGUUUUAUAUAUAUAUAUAUUUUUUACCUUUUUUACCUAAACUUUUCUAAAGUUUGAGAAGUAUUGUGAUUUUUUUUUCUCUAAAGAUGUUUUGUUACCUUUUUAAACUCAAGCGUAAUGGACGAUUUGAGAAACGUGAAAUUUUCUAUAGAAUUUAGAAAUAUGGUGGUAAAAUUUUGCAUAAGACAUUUCAUCACUUUUUUCCCAGAGGCUUCGUGUAACGUUUGAGGAAGUGUUUGUGAUCGUUUGCAGUUUUUUUUUCCUAAAAAUAAAAAAAGGAAACAUAAGAAA